AUGAGCGUCCUCACCUACACCUUUGACGCGAGAACAAUCCACGAGAUCGACAACAACCUGCCUUGCCACGUGUUUGUGAGCCAAGCCGCCGUCGAGACGGACCUCCGCGUGACGGCCACGAGCGCAGGCAACCUUCCCAUUGACACCCUGCGCAUCGUCCAGCGCAAUGCGACGCUCUGCCUCGAGUGGGCGUCACCGAUCACGGAACCAAUGACGCUUUUGAUUGAGAUUUUCGCCAGCGCCGACGCGCUCAAGUGCACCAAGUUUGUCAACAGCGGACCCGGUGGCUUGUACGUCGACCACUGGCCGCUCGGGCCGAUUGCGGCCGACCUGACGCUGAUCCAGAACGGGUCGGGCCGCGUCUGUCUGCGCACCGCGCACGCGUCCGUGGCCACCUUGCGUGCCCAAACCAACGGCAGCGGGCGCGUGCAGUUGGAAGCGGCGUCGCUCGUCGUCGACACCAUCGAGUGCGCGACGCACGGCAGCGGCGUGACGCAACUGAGCGUCGGCGCGGUCACGGCCACGUCGGUCGACUGCAGC